ACAACUUCGUUCAAAGGGGGAAAAAACGAAGAAUGUUCUACUAACGUUACAACGUGUGGCAUUGAGAAGAUGGUCGGAAUUCGUUAACGUUUUCGCCCGUCAACUUCCGUUAAUUCUGCACUACGAGUACGACGUACAUAUAAACUCAUCAACAUUCUAACUAACGUUACGGGUGUCGUUACCGUUACAUUCGUAAACCGACCGUCAAAACUCUCUUUCUUUUCUCUUUCUCUCUCUCCCCCUCUUACCGUAUAUAAAGGAGGUUGGUCAGAAAUUCAAAAGCAAACUCUGGAAAAUUUGGUACAACAGGAUUUGAUAGAAGAAUAAAGUCUUAGGCUUGAACUAGAGAUUGGCGAUAGUCAAAGGGAAAUAGGCUCGAAAAACUUCAACAGAGAGACCUCGAGAAGCCCAGAAAGUUUUCUAGUGCCCAUAAGAUCAAAAUAAAAGAGAAGUUUCGGAUUCUUGCCAAGGACUAUAUUGAAAGUUAAGUCCCAAGUGAUACUGCUGAUGCCAAUAUCAUAGUAUGGACUCCCACCAGCUAUUUGGUAUCAGUGUAACUGGUGCGGCUCUUCCCUACACAACUUCUCAUCCCACAACUGUGCCAUCAUUGCCCAACAGACUACUCGGAUCGCUGAAAUUCGACAUUGGAAACUCGCCUUCUUCGCCCUUUUCUACUAAUUUCGAUUCAGAUAACUCCCUCACCACGUUGAGCGAUAGCCAAGAGCAGUACAGCUCCACGGAGAACAAUCUAUCGGGAGUUAGUACUCCUCCUUGCAAUUCUCCACUUGACACCAACAGUUACUGCCUCUAUCCUUGUGGGAAGUCCCUAUUGCAGAAUGCAAAUUCUAGCCAGAACUUCAAACACGCUUUGCUUGAGCUAGAGACUGCUUUAAUGGGCCCUGACGAUGAUGUUGAUGAACACCGGCUAACUAGACGGAAACCUUCGCAUGUGGAAGGUCCCUCUGAACAGUCAUGGAAAGCUGAGAGGCCGAGAGGACAACAGCCAGGCCUAACUCAGCGCCAGACAUUUCUUGCCUCUCGGCCAAGGCAGCCUGUUGAAGUUGCCCGAACUGAAAAGCGUCACAAAUUAAUGGAGGAAGACUCUUUGCAUCAGCAGGGCUUGCCAUCCCUGGAUAAUCUGAAGAACCUCCUGAUUGCCUGCGCCAAAUCUCUGGCUGAAAAUGAUAUCGAAACAUUUGACAAACAAAUCGGAAAAGCCCGUGCUAUCGUCUCCAUUAGUGGGGAGCCAAUCCAGCGCCUUGGAGCAUACAUGGUUGAAGGAAUGGUGGCUAGGAAAGAGGCAUCAGGGACCAACAUAUACAGAGCACUCAGAUGCAGAGAGCCAGAAAGCAAAGAGUUACUUUCCUAUAUGCAAAUUCUCUAUGAAAUCUGUCCUUACUUGAAAUUUGGUUACAUGGCAGCUAAUGGAGCCAUAGCUGAAGCUUGUAGAAACGAAGAUAGAAUUCAUAUUGUUGACUUUCAGAUAGCUCAAGGCACACAAUGGUUGACGCUGCUCCAAGCUCUGGCGGCUAGACCAGAUGGCCCUCCACACGUGAGAAUUACAGGCAUAGAUGAUCCUGUAAACCAUUAUGCCAGAGGCGAUGGACUAGAGGCUGUGGGAAAAAGACUAGUGGCUAUCUCACAAGACUUCAAAAUCCCAGUUGAGUUCAACGCAGUGCCUGUUUUUGCACCUGAUGUAACCCGAGAAAUGCUCGAUAUCCGGCCUGGCGAGGCCUUGGCUGUUAACUUCCCACUCCAACUCCACCACACUCCGGACGAAAGUGUUGACGUUACCAAUCCUAGAGACGGGCUUCUGAGAAUGGUGAAGUCUCUCUACCCAAAAGUUGUGACUUUGGUGGAGCAAGAGUCCAACACCAACACAACACCUUUUUUCCACAGAUUCGUGGAGGCUAUGGACUUUUACUUGGCGAUGUUUGAGUCCAUAGACGUGACACUUCCAAGAGACUCAAAGUAUAGGAUCAGUGUUGAGCAGCAUUGUCUGGCGAGGGACAUAGUGAACGUGGUGGCUUGUGAAGGCAGGGAAAGAGUUGAACGACAUGAGCUGUUGGGAAAAUGGAAGUCAAGGUUGACCAUGGCGGGUUUUAAGCAAUACCCUUUGAGCUCUUAUGUCAACUCUGUCAUAAGAAGCCUUCUGAGGUGUUAUUCUGAGCAUUAUACAUUGGCAGAGAAAGAUGGGGCUAUGCUUUUGGGGUGGAAAGAUAGAAACUUGAUCUCGGCUUCUGCUUGGCACUGAUUAUUGAUCAAGUUAACAAUGUUUUAUAUAGGAGAAAAUAUUACAAUGAGAUCAUAAGAAGGAAAUAGGGAAAAAAAAAAAAGAAGAAAAAAACUAGAGGUAGAGGUUCAGGAAAUAGUUGACAAGUUUUUUAUUUAAUCGAUUCUUUUAUGUUGAGAGGUUUUUAUUAGAAAUGUAGGAGAAGGGCUAUUCGAGAUUUACUCGGUGGUUUAUAUACCAUAGUUGUGGAUCAUAGUGGCUGAUGUACUAUAACAUAAAAUGUUCUAUUUCAUUAGUUUGAUUAACGGUUGUA